AUGCCAAACGAUGUGGAAAAAUAUCUCCCCGUCGACACGAUGGAGUGGCGGCGGCCGAACAAGAGGCGACGACAGCGCACAAUUGCCCUGCGGCUGGUGGUCUCCGUGAUUGGCAUAUGGUUUCUCUAUUACCUCUUGAUUCCUAGCGGGACGUAUACUUCCAAAGACUCAGUGGCCGAGGUGCAAAACUUGCAGGAAGUGAUCACCUAUUUCGAGCCUGCUCGCCCGCAGAAUUCAACAUCAAUAGAUGAUGAAACGCCGCAAGAGAAGGAGGAUUUGGUAAGGGUAACAAAGCUAAAGGAGGUGCCCUGGCCACAGACAGACCUGGAAACUGCGCUUCAGGAUAUCUUCACCUUACACCCCGACGAGCUACAAGCGGAAUACCUACUGAGGCCGAUCGAACUAACAGGCGAGGCCCGACUGCGAGAAUUCGGGUUACGCACUCGAUACUUUAAGAAGCUUUUCGCAGCAUGGGAAACACUUCAUAUGGUGGCCAGCGCCGAUGGUACCGCGCUCUACAUCCGCGACGAUGUAAUCCAAGCAGUUCAGCGCGACCCAUCCAUCGCGAAGCGACUCGAAAUGACCCAGACGGAAAUCAUCCACUCCUACGAAUCGUAUCGCUCGAUCAUCACGCAACUCUCGACGCUGCUCUUCCCUUGGACGGCGCCCUACUACCCAGACCACAUGCACCUCCACGCGCAAUUUUACCGAUCGGGGCGGGGAAUCGUCUUUACAGCCGGCGACAAACAGGCCCCGUUCUUACUCACGUCGAUCCCAACCCUGCGAGAACUCGGUUGUAACCUACCGAUUGAGGUCAUGUACCUCGGCGACCGCGACCUGAGCCAGAGCGUCCGCGAGGAACUCGAGGCGCUACCGGGGGUUACAACACGCGACCUGAGACAAAUGGUCAACGAUCAGGGGUGGAAACUGGCAGGCUGGGCAGGGAAGCCAUUUGCGAUUCUGUUUGCGAGUUUCCGCGAGGUGAUUUUCAUCGACGCGGACUCGCUGUUCUUCCAGAAUCCCGAGAUGCUCUUUGAGGACGAGGAUUAUCUACAGACGGGCGCGUUGUUCUUCAAGGACCGGUUGAUUAUGCCGGAGUCGAAGAGGAAGUUCCUCCAGGAGGUUCUACCCAAGCCUCUCUCCUCCAAGGCUCUCGGAAGCCGCUUCUGGACAGGCGACAGCGGGCACAUGCAAGAGUCCGGCGUUGUUGUCGUCGACAAGUGGCGACACUUCAUUGCCCUCCUCCUAGUGACGAGGAUGAACGGACCGGAUCGCGAUGGGAACAAGGCAGAGAAAAUCGUCGGGGUCUAUGAAUUGGUUUAUGGCGACAAAGAGACCUUCUGGCUCGGCUGGGAGCUGGUCGGCGACCUCGACUACGCCUUCCACCGCGGCGACGCCGGAACCAUGGGCAUGAUAGAAACAGACCCCGCGCUUCUCCCAGACUCCAAACCCUCAGAAGACAAGCCAGCUGACGACUCGGAAUCAGAAGAGUCGCCCGAAACCACCACCCGCGGCGACUACACCAUCUGCGCGCCCCAACUCCUCCACCUUGACCGCAGCGGCCGACCCCUCUGGUUCAACGGCUGGGUGCUACCGAAUAAAUACCAGGGGAAGAAUCGCGAGCCGACGGAUUUCCAGGCCUUCCUCCGGGAGCCCCGGGGACGGCGCGAGCCGGAUGCGUGGCAGUUACAUGAGCAUAACGUGUGCUGUUUGACAUCGGAGUACAUGAGCGAGUUCAGCGCCGAUGAGCGCGCAGUUCUAGAUAUGAUCAUGGCUUCUGGGCGGCGCGCUGGGGCUUUGGGGAAUAAGGCCGGGACUGCCUGA